CAGUGCAGAGUAAAAGAAAAGAAAAAUCUGGCAACGUAGUUGACUAAAUCCAAACACAGAAACAUGGGCGAUAAAAAGUUGUUAAGUCUUGCUGUCUACGACUUUCUCGAAUCCGUGUCUCCAAAGGCAGCACAGAUUUUUAAAAAAGAUGUUCCCAUUCCAGCCUCAAAGGAUGAGAGUGCUAAUGCUACACUUGAUGAAAUAUUUGAAACAUGGUUGAGGUCACCUCAAAGUCAAAAAAGGAAAAGGGUUAGUAAUGGAGCUGAGGAUUCACCGAUGUCGAAAAAAAAGAAAAUUGAAAAAGGAAUUCAAAAACGUCCUCGGGAAAGUUUAGAUGAAAAUGAAAAAGUUCCCCCCAAAAAGGCUAUGCCAAGCAACUCAGCUAAAAAGGUUGAAGAAAAUAGCAGCAGUGAUUCAGACUCUGACACUGGCAGUUCAAAAGCUGCAAAGAAAACAGUAACAGCUAAAGCUGCACAAAAUUCUUCAGAUAGUGAUUCAGAAUCCUCAGGCUCUGAAGGCACCAAAAAAAAAUUAUCCCCAAAGCCAAAAACUGCAAUAGUAAAGCAGCAGCAAGUUGGUGCUAAAAAAAAGAAAGAAGAAUCAUCUGAUAGUGAUUCCAGUUCUGAAGAUGAAGCUAAAACAUCUACACAUAAACCCCAAGCUGCAAUGAUAAAAUCAGCCAAACUAAGAACAACAACAGCAAAACCCCAACUUGCAGAUACCAAACCUUUAGAAUCAAAAGUAACACUUAAAAAAGAAUCCUCAGAUUCUGACAGUGAUUCCAGUUCUGAAGAAGAGCAAGCUAAGAAACCAGCUACCAAACCUCAACCUGCAGCAGCUAAACCUGCAACUUCUAAAGUAGUAGCAAAAAAAGAAUCUUCCUCCGAUAGCGAUUCCAGCUCUGAAGAAGAGCAAGCUAAGAAACCAGCUGCCAAACCUCAGCCUGCAGCUGUUAAACCUGCAACUCCUAAAGUAGCAGCAAAAAAAGAAUCUUCCUCUGAUAGUGAUUCCAGUUCAGAAGAAGAGCAAGUUAAGAAACCAGCUGCCAAACCUCAGCCUGCAGCUGCAAAACCUGCAACUCCUAAAGUAGCAGCAAAAAAAGAAUCUUCUUCUGAUAGUGAUUCCAGUUCUGAAGAAGAGCAAGUUAAGAAACCAGCAAUCAAACCUCAACCUGCAGCUGCUAAACCUGCAACUCCUAAAGUAGCAGCAAAAAAAGAAUCUUCCUCCGAUAGUGAUUCCAGUUCAGAAGAAGAGCAAGCUAAGAAACCAGCUGCCAAACCUCAGCCUGCAGCUGUUAAACCUGCAACUCCUAAAGUAGCAGCAAAAAAAGAAUCUUCUUCUGAUAGUGAUUCCAGUUCAGAAGAAGAGCAAGCUAAGAAACCAGCAAUCAAACCUCAACCUGCAGCUGCUAAACCUGCAACUCCUAAAGUAGUAGCAAAAAAAGAAUCUUCCUCCGAUAGUGAUUCCAGUUCAGAAGAAGAGCAAGCUAAGAAAGCAGCUGCCAAACCUCAGCCUGCAGCUUCUAAACCUGCAACUCCUAAAGCAGCCAUAAAAAAUGAAUCCUCUGAUAGUGAUUCCAGUUCGGAAGAAGAGCAAGCUAAGAAACCAGCUGCCAAACCUCAGCCGGCAGCUGCUAAACCUGCAACUCCUAAAGUAGCAGCUAAAAAAGAAUCCUCUGAUAGUGAUUCCAGUUCGGAAGAAGAGCAAGCUAAGAAACCAGCUGCCAAACCUCAGCCUGCAGCUGCAAAACCUGCAACUCCUAAAGUAGCAGCAAAAAAAGAAUCUUCCUCUGAUAGUGAUUCCAGUUCUGAAGAAGAGCAAGCUAAGAAACCAGCUGCCAAACCUCAGCCUGCAGCUGCAAAACCUGCAACUCCUAAAGUAGCAGCAAAAAAAGAAUCUUCAUCUGAUAGUGAUUCCAGUUCUGAAGAAGAGCAAGCUAAGAAACCAGCUGCCAAACCUCAGCCUGCAGCUGUUAAACCUGCAACUCCUAAAGUAGCAGCAAAAAAAGAAUCCUCUGACUCAGAUAGUGAUUCCAGUUCUGAAGAAGAGCAAGCUAAGAAACCUGCUGCCAAACCUCAGCCUGCAGCUGUUAAACCUGCAACUCCUAAAGUAGCAGCAAAAAAAGAAUCCUCUGACUCAGAUAGUGAUUCCAGUUCUGAAGAAGAGCAAGCUAAGAAACCAGCUGCCAAACCUCAGUCUGCAGCUGCAAAACCUGCAACUCCUAAAGUAGCAGCAAAAAAAGAAUCUUCCUCUGAUAGUGAUUCCAGUUCUGAAGAAGAGCAAGCUAAGAAACCAGCUGCCAAACCUCAGCCUGCAGCUGCAAAACCUGCAACUCCUAAAGUAGCAGUAAAAAAAGAAUCUUCCUCUGAUAGUGAUUCCAGUUCUGAAGAAGAGCAAGCUAAGAAACCAGCUGCCAAACCUCAGCCUGCAGCUGCAACUCCUAAAGUAGCAGCAAAAAAAGAAUCUUCUUCUGAUAGUGAUUCCAGUUCUGAAGAAGAGCAAGCUAAGAAACCAGCUGCCAAACCUCAGUCUGCAGCUGUUAAACCUGCAACUCCUAAAGUAGCAGCAAAAAAAGAAUCCUCUGACUCAGAUAGUGAUUCCAGUUCAGAAGAAGAGCAAGCUAAGAAACCAGCUGCCAAACCUCAGCCUGGAGCUGUUAAACCUGCUACUCCUAAAGUACCAGCAAAAAAAGAAUCUUCCUCUGAUAGUGAUUCCAGUUCAGAAGAAGAGCAAGCUAAGAAACCAGCUGCCAAACCUCAGCCUGGAGCUGUUAAACCUGCUACUCCUAAAGUACCAGCAAAAAAAGAAUCUUCCUCAGAUAGUGAUUCCAGUUCAGAAGAAGAGCAAGCUAAGAAACCAGCUGCCAAACCUCAGCCUGGAGCUGUUAAACCUGCUACUCCUAAAGUACCAGCAAAAAAAGAAUCUUCCUCUGAUAGUGAUUCCAGUUCAGAAGAAGAGCAAGCUAAGAAACCAGCUGCCAAACCUCAGCCUGGAGCUGUUAAACCUGCUACUCCUAAAGUACCAGCCAAAAAAGAAUCUUCAUCUGAUAGUGAUUCCAGUUCAGAAGAGGAGCCAGCUAAGAAACCAGCUUCCAAACCACAACCUGUAGCUGCUAAACCUGUUACUCCUAAAGCAGCAGUUAAAAAAGAAUCCAGUAGUGAUUCCAGUUCAGAAGAAGAGCAAGAUAAGAAACCAGCUGCCAAAGCCCAGCCUGUAGCUGUUAAGCCUGCUACUCCUAAAGCAGCAUCUAAAAAGGAGUCCUCUGACAGUGAUUCCAGUUCUGAUGAAGAGCAAGCUAAGAAAACAGUCAAUAUAACCCAUCCUGUAGCCGCAACACCUGCAACUCCUAAAGCAGGAGCUAAAAAGGAAUCUUCUGAUUCUGACAGUGAUUCUAGUUCUGAAGAAGAGCAAGCUAAAAAAAAGGCUGCUAAACCAUGCAUAGCAAAUUCAAAUCUGACUACCCCUAAGCGUGUUAAUGGGGUGCAUUCUGGCAAGAGUAAACAAGCCUCCUCUGAGAGUGGCUCAUCAGACAGUGAUAGUGCAGAAGAAACAAAUCAAGUUAUAUCUACACCAAGUUUACUAUCUAAAUCUACCAAUCCUGUUCAGUCAUCGACACCUUAUAAUGUUUUGAAUAGUUCUAAUCAUGAUGUCAAUGAUGGUGAUGUAUCACAGAAAGAUAAUUUUAACCAAUCAGACAUUUCUUUUUCAACUCCAAAGCUCAAUGGAAUAAAUGAUUCAGUGGGAGAUGCUGGUAGUUCAAAAAAGAGGACACCCAAUGAGCCAUUCAGGCGUGUCAGGUCAGAAGAAAUUUAUGUGGAUCCUAAAUUCAGAAACAAUUCAUUUGAAGCAAAGAGAGGUGCUCAAGGGUCAUGGGGAGAGAAAGCUCACAAAGAUCUAAUAGUAACACGAGGAAAAGGUUUCAAGCAUGAGAAGACAAAAAAAAAGAGAGGCAGUUAUAGAGGAGGCACAAUAGACACUGGUGUUCAUUCUAUUAAAUUUGAUGACAGUGAUUAAAUAUUGCCAUUAAAUGAUUCUUUUUUAAAUGAAUGCUUCUGUACUUUUUAACACUUGAAAGUAAACACCACUAGAUUGAAUAUAUAUUGAAUAUAUAACAGAACACCCAUUGAAUGGUCUUUUAGUGGUAUAUUUGUAGGAAACAUUUAAGUUCUAGAGAAAUGUACUGCCUAGUUUGAAUAAAUGUAUUAGAUAUCAUGUUUGUUAAUAGACAAGAACAAAUGUCAAAAUUUUAACAUUUUAUUUAUUGACAUGUGGUGCUAAUAGUGAAGGUUCAAUAAGUGAAUCCAUAAUAGGAAUGUCCAAAUUGUAGUCAUGGGCUUGAUGUUUCAACUGUAAGCCACUUCUUCUGUUUGACCUUUGAGGUAUGGGUAGUUCAGAGUGGUGGGCAGGCAGUGGUUCAGUAAAAAAAUAGGGAUGAAGUAAUGCCUGAAAUUAAAAAAUAAUUGACAAAUGAUACAUUUAUCAUCUGCUUCUGUUGUAAAAGUUCAUGUCAUGCUAUUUUUUUUUUAAUUUACAUUGUAAUUCAUUUAGAUUUUGUUAAAGUGAAACUAAUAAUCAUGUUGAAAAUAAUGUGUUCUGUUGCAAGGCUAAUCCACUUUAAUAAUAAAAAUUAGAGCAGUAUUUUCACAAAAAAAGUUUUGCUUAGUUUUUCCAUCUGUAAGGUGAAUUUGAUUGUGCAAUAUUAAUAGAAAUAAAAGUCAUAGCAAAAAUUGAUAUCAGGUCAUUUUUGUUAAGAAAAAUAGAACAGUACAUAUUUACAGUUCUUCUUGGAGAUUAUAGUUAACUUAUCCAGUAGUACCAUGCAGAAAUAUUAUGUCAAACAUUCUACAUUUUUUUUUUUUUUUGGUACUUAAUUAGCUAAGAAAAUACAGCACCAGUUCCUGAUAUUUUAAAUGAAAACUAUGCUUGCUGCAUGUAUUUUGAUGACCAACUCAUUGAAAUGUUACCCAAGCCAUCAUUCGUGUCUACCAUUAAAUAGCUGAGAUGUUUAAAAUUUAAUUUUUGUUCUCUUGAUUUGUAAAACAUGUAAGUAUUCCUAUAAUUUUGUGUUACCAUUGCCGAAUUCUUAGCAAACCCCUGGGAUUGGUGCUUCAGGAGAUUGCUAAUGCUAGUGCAACUAUUAGUAUAGUAAAAGAAAAGGAAGUAUGGGUGGUAAUAACAUACUACACACUCAUGUAUAGCUUUAAAAAUACUAAGGUAGCAAGUUGACACAUACAAACAUUUUUCCUUAUUGUUAUUAUUUUAUUCUGAAAUGUUAGAACAAAUGCAAAUCUUUCCAGAUGUCAUUCUAUCAUGAAAUAAAUUGCACCUACAACU